GUGAGUGCUGCUAGUGUCUUUUGCAACAAGAAGCAACUGGGAAGGAUGUGGAAAUUAAAUGCUUUGGGGCUGAGGCUCUUGGUCCGGGAAAACAACAGCCUUUCUACGUCUCUGAGAGUGACCUUCUCAGGUGUUGCUGCCUCCACCUCAGUGAAGUCCUACGAUGUCCGAAGGGUUGAGAUAACUCCGCUGGAGCAAAGAAAGCUAACUUUUGACACACAUGGACUUGUGCGGGACCUGGAGGCAAACGGUUUUGCAAAAGAGCAGGCUGAAACUAUUGUGUCAGCCAUAACAGCUUUGUCAACUGUCAGUCUGGAUACCAUCUACAAGGAUAUGGUAACCCAAGCCCAGCAGGAAAUCACUUUGCAGCAGCUCAUGGCUCAUUUGGAUUCCAUUCGGAAAGAUAUGGUCAUUCUUGAAAAAAGUGAAUUUGCCAACUUGAGAGCAGAUAAUGAGAAAAUGAAAAUUGAACUGGAUCAAGUUAAACAGCAGCUUAUGAAUGAAAUUGGCCAGAUCCGAGCAGAAAACAAGCUGGAUAUUAACUUGGAGAGAAGCAGAGUCACAGACAUGUUCACAGACCAAGAGAGAAAACUCAUGGAAGCCACAACAGAGUUCCAUAAAAAAGAUUCAAGCACCAACAGUUCUGUGACUGAAGUCAGCAAUAAAAUCGAUACUGAAAUUGCUGCCCUGAAAACUCUCAUGGAAUCAAAUAAACUGGACACCAUCCGUUAUUUGGCAGCCUCAGUUUUCACUUGCCUCGCAAUUGCUCUGGGAUUUUAUCGAUUCUGGAAAUAAAAAGCCAGCCUAAAGAAAUAAGGACCAAACCAGACCUUUUAAAUUAAAUAUACAUCAUGUCUUGGAUAACACCAUCUAGCAGAUGCUGCCAGAGACUUUCCGUUGGUGCUGAUCUGUAACUUAGAGCAGGUUGUUGUUAUCGAUGGGCAUGAUUGGUCAAGCAGGAUAUGCUCGGGUCAUGUGAUUUGGGCUCAUGCAUGCUGGAGGCCAAUAUUUCUGUGGACCAUUUGAAAAGUAAAGAAUAAACUGACUGGAAAGAGAAGAACAGCUAGAGUGCUGUGGCCAUCACCACCAUUCUGCAAACAUGUCUAGGUUGAUCUGACUUGUCUUCUUCCAUUAUUUUCCUCCAUGCUCCAUCUUCCUAGUUUUAUCCCUGACUCAAGUUUCUCUUUGGUUAUUGAAAUGGUUCAGCAGUGAGAGCUUCUGAUGGAGAAAUGAUCCUGAAGAUAUUGGGAUUUCUCCUCCUAAUAUGAGUAUGAUGUUCUUUCUGUACAUGUGGAUUAUUGUAUGGGGUGAAAAAACUUGCCACAGGCAGAGUUCUUCUCGGUGUCAUAUAAUAAUGUAUUGGAGAAAAAAUCUGUACAGCAAAGCAUAUAAAGGUGCCUUAUCUUACUGGUUACUAGUAACUGUUCUCCAAAGUUUCAGACCAGGUCUUUCCUAACUCUCCUUCUUGCAGUCAUUAAACUGAAGCUGUUUCUGGGA